AUGCCAAGUAAUCAGCAACAAGCGGGCUACAGCUGCAAAAUCUGCUCGAAGGCUGACAAUUCGCAGGUGGUCUGCUGCGAUGAUUGCGAUUGUUGGUUUCACUUUGGCUGCGUGAAAGUCACGGCUUCGAUCGAGCACGUGGACUGGCACUGUGCAGACUGCUCAGGUUCUUCAUCACGUACAAUGAUAGGAGCGGGAGAAAAUAAAGGAGCUUCCAAUGGCGCACCAGCCACGAGGCCAAUUGAACAGCUAGAACGGAAAACCGCUUCUAAUACUAAGCGUACUGCCGACGUAGGCACACCUCAAGUGACCAGGGACCUAGCAGAUGGUGGAGCUGGUGCCUCCAUACGUACCAGCGCAAGCAAUAAGUCAGCAAGGGCUCGCCGGCAAUAUGCCGAAGCAGAAAUUAUUGAAGAAGAGCUGCAGAUUCUACGACGAAAGGAGGAGUUGCUUAAUAGGCGCAAGAAGUUUCUGCGUGAACUAGAAACUGAGGACGAAUGUUCUAAUAUGGAGGAGGAUUUGGACACGAUCGCCGUACAAAAGUGGCUUAAUGCUACGGGGCCCAUCGUGCCCACUACAGCGUCACCGAAAGUAUCGCCCACGGAUCACCAGACUCCAGCUGAUCUACACAAUGGCGCCGCUGCUGCCCCUUCGCAGCCAAAAGACACGCUGGACGGUAGCAACAAUAUUCAGAGUGAAAUCCCUUUGAUGCGUGAAAGGCUCUCCAUGGUCGAGAAACUAGUGCACACUCAAACGGCUCCUGGAACCGGUACGCCGUGGCUACCAAAAUUACUGACCGAUAGCCCAGCGCAACCUUCGGUUAGUCAAACUGCAGACGAACACGCUUCAACGCAGCCACAGCCUAAUCGCUGUCUUACGAAAAACCAACUUGCCGCGCGCACCAGCCUCGGUAAAGAUUUGCCUAAAUUCAAUGGUAAGCCAGAAGAAUGGCCCUUGUUUAUGGCCACCUACCAACAAACAACGGAAAUGUGUGGGUUUUCUGACGCCGAAAACUUAUUACGCCUGCGUCAAUCCCUUGAGGGAGCAGCACUGCAUUCCGUAAGAAAUUUAUUGCUACAUUCUUCGUGUGUACCCCAGAUACUAGAAACUCUCAAAAUGAAAUUCGGUCGCCCGGAACUUAUCAUCGCCGUGCUACUGACUAGGAUCCGUGAAAUACCAGCAGUGAAGGAAAACCGACUCGAGGCCCUGGUUGAUCUAGCGUUGGAGGUCCAAAAUGUUUGCGCGACCAUGAAGGCUUCAAACAUGUUGUGUCACUUGAACAACCCAGAGUUAGAGCAAGAAUUAGUUAAUAAACUACCGGGACUGCUAGCAGCAUUUUGGGGUAUGCACAAAAUAAAACUGUCUUCAUGCAACCUCGAAAGCUUUGCGGACUGGCUGUUUCAAUUAGCCCAAGGGGCGAACAGCGUGCUCGUACCUUGUACCACCGCGAAGUCUACUGCCAAACGCGGCUACUUGAAUGCGCAUGCGGGUAACGUCAGUGUAGGGAGAAAUGGACCGUGCAUUGUCUGCCACGGAACUUGUGGUUCUCUUGACGCAUGUAACACAUUCACAAGUGCAGAUAGGUCCGAACGGUGGAGACUUAUACGCCAGCAUUCCAUAUGUCGUCGCUGUCUAAAGGUGCACCUCCGCCUUCAGUGCGCUUCUACAGCCGUAUGCGGAACGGACGGUUGCGCUUCAAUUCACCAUCCUUUGCUUCAUAACAAGCAGGCCCUUUCGGUCAGCUCACCACUCGCUAACCAUGUGCUCAAUGCUCACGAUGGUGCAACUGACUCAAUUCUAUUUCGGAUUUUGCCUGUGACGCUCUACAAUAACAACAAGAAGCUUCACACAUAUGCCUUCUUUGAUGAUGGCUCUUCGCUCACGCUUAUGGACGUUGAGCUGCAGGAGAAACUACAAGUGAACGGCGCCCCGCAACCUUUGUGCCUCAAAUGGACUGCCAAUACUCACCGCUAUGAGGACGACUCCCAAGUACUGGAUUUAAAGAUUUCUGGAGCCGAUGCUAAAAAACGUUAUGUGAUAAAAGACGUACACACGGUGCGGAAGCUUGAAUUACCAACCCAGACGCUCGAUGCACGCGGUUUGCAGACCAAAUACACAUACUUGAAGGGCUUACCAUUGCCCUCCUAUAUAAACGCUGUGCCCAAGUUGCUAAUUGGCCUCAACAAUAGCCGUCUGGGAUUAAGUCUACGCUCUCGUGAGGGCAGCGAUAACGAGCCGGUAGCCGAAAAGACGCGUAUGGGGUGGACGCUGAAAGGGGUUACUGGCAAGCAGCAGCAACGUUCGGGGUAUCAUGCAUUCCAUACUUGCGACUGCGACACUGCCGCUGACGUUGAGUUACUGCAAGUUGUCAAGGAUUAUAUAUGCUUAGAUAACCUCGAAGUCACACGAAAAUUCAACAAACUGAUGGCUAAAGAGGACGAAUAUGCAAUCGAGCAAUUGAAGUCAAAUACGAAACGCAUCGACGGGCGCUUUGAAACGAGCCUUAUUUGGAAAUACGCCAAAGCCACUCUUCCGGAUAGCUUACCAUCUGCCUUGCGGAGAGCUAAAUGUCUGCAGGCAAAACUCGCGCGUGAGCCGGAACUUGCCGAAAUCGUCUCAUCCAAGAUUGCAGCCUAUGUGGCCAACGGGUACGCCAAACCUCUAGAUGACGGAGCGUUAUCGGAAAAGGGGUGCUGGUACCUGCCGAUAUUUCCUGUACGUAACCCAAAUAAGCCGCAAAAGGUCCGAAUCGUCUGGGAUGCGGCUGCUAGCACGAAGGGUGUGUCCCUCAACUCGAUGCUUUUAACAGGACCUGAUCAGCUUACAUGCCUGGUAUCUGUUCUGCGCAGGUUCCGGCAGAAAGCAGUAGCUGUGAGUGGGGACAUUCAAGAAAUGUUUCAUCAAGUCAGGAUACGGUCGCUGGAUCAGAACUACCAGCGUUUUUUGUGGUUUGAGUCAGGAUAUGUUAAGCCGUCAGUUUUCGUAAUGACCGUGAUGACGUUCGGGGCUACCUGUUCACCUAGUAGCGCUCAGUACGUGAAGAACUUAAACGCGGAAGAAUUUCGCAGCAGCCAUCCGCGGGCCGUGGAGUGUAUUGUCGACAACCACUACGUCGACGAUAUGCUUGACAGCGUCGACACUGAGGAGGAGGCUAUUCGGUUGGCCAGGGACGUAAGUUUUGUUCAUGAAAAAGGUGGCUUUCACAUCAGGAACUGGCAUUCGAACUCGGAGAAGGUAUUGCGAGCGUUGAAGACCAACAAUAUGGAAGGUGAAGUAAGUUUAAACUCUGACGAAGAGAUGCCAGCAGAAAAGGUUCUAGGCCUAUGGUGGGUUACUCAGGAAGACUGCUUCACAUUCCGCGUGGCCCGGAAUCACAAAAACAAGAACCUGUUGCUUAAUGACCGCUGCCCAACAAAGAGGGAAGUACUAAGUAUAGUUAUGAGUAUCUUCGAUCCGUUAGGGCUUCUCAACUUCUACGUCAUUUAUGCAAAAAUAAUGUUUCAGGAAGUUUGGCGAUCUGGGUGCGGUUGGGAUGAAUACAUUCCCGAAGAACAGUAUUUAAGUUGGCAGCGAUGGGUGAGACUUCUUCCCAAGAUAGAGACCUUAAGAAUACCGAGGUGUUAUUUUAAAAAUGUGGAGUGUGGGUCCGAGCUGGAGAUGCACGUCUUCGUAGAUGCCAGUGAAAAUGCUUAUUCGGCUGUGUGUUAUCUUCGCUACAACAACAAGGGAACCGUCGACUGCGCGCUAGUGGGUAGCAAAGCAAAGGUGGCGCCGUUGAAAAUGUUAUCCAUCCCGCGUCUUGAGUUGCAGGCUGCGGUUUUAGGCGCUCGAUUAGCUGCAGGUGUACUUGCUUCACACACAUUGCACAUCCAACGUCAAACCUUUUGGACCGACUCUCGGACCGUCUUAGCUUGGAUUCGUUCUGAUCAUCGUCGUUACUCUCAGUUCGUUGCGUUCCGAGUAAGCGAAUUGUUAGAGCUUACGGAGGUGAAGGAUUGGCGAUGGCUUCCUUCGCUGGACAAUGUUGCGGACGACGCUACAUCAUCGUAUCGACGUAUACAUCACCGGAGAUAUCCAGCGAAAGUCGUUGGUUCAGAGGACCGUGCUUCUUGCGACGGGAGCGAAUACACUGGCCAAACGACGUUGACAACACUGAAACCACCUACGAAGAGCUUAGAUCCCGAUAUGUAG